CUCCACGAUGGUGCUGGCGCCGGCGGACCGCGCUGCAGUGUUCGCGUUGUGGCGGAAGCUCGGGACCAACGUCGGCAUCUACACGACGGAGGCCCUGGAGAGGAUCUUCGUGGCCUUCCCUUCCUCCAAGACCUACUUCCUCCACCUAAACUUGAGUCCUGGCUCCGCCCAGGUCAGAGCCCACGGCCAGAAGGUGGCUGAGGCGCUGAGCCUGGCCAUGAACCACCUGGACGACCUGCCGCAAACCCUGUCAGCCCUGCGCGAGCUGCACACGCACAAGCUGCGCGUGGACCCGGUCUUUUUCAAGCUGCUGUGCCACUGCCUGCUGGUGACCCUCGCCCGGCACUACCCCGGAGACUUCAGCCCCAACAUGCACGCCUCACUGGUCAAGUUUCUGAGCCACGUGAUCUCGGCGCUGGCCCCCAGCAGCGGCCAAAUUGGGAGCGUGGUCGCGGAGGGCUCCUGUGUUUGAGUAAAGUCGGCAGACAGAG